GCCUCUUCAUCCAGCUCUAGUGGAGGAUUCUCAUAUUUUGUGUGUUUUUUUUUGUUUUGUUUGCUUGUUUGUUUAUUUUGGCCGUUUAUGUCCUCCUUGGCGGUUCGUUGAACAUGUACGGACGGCAAUGUUAUUGUUUAGUUCAAGAGGCGAGCGCGUGAAAGCGAGCCGUUGCUCCUCAGCUGCGUCGCGUAACGGAAAAUGGAGCCAAAGAAAGCUAGCUUAGUAGCUAUGGCAAAGUUUGUGUGUGGUACAGUAGAUAGGUGUGUGGGGAGAGCUGGGAAGUAACGUGCGUACGGACGAACCUGUCAGAAGAUUUGGACAGCCAGGACAAGUGCUUUGUGGUCUGUUUACAUUUAGUCCAAGACGAGGCGUUUAAAAAGAAACACACACACACACACACACACACACACACACACACACACACACACACAGCUGUAACGUUUUUAACGGGCGCGUUUAGUGCUUCUGACUGACGGAGCUUCACAUCUGAAACAUGACGCCGUGACCAGAGAGAGACAGUCUCGCUUGGGUAGCUUGUGUUAAGCUCUCGCUUUUGCGUGGCUCACUCGUUUUGGUUUUGCAAGCUGCUCCGACUGUUUUGAUCCCGGAAAUCCUGAAAGAAGUCUAAUUUAGCAGUCUAAUUUAGAUUUAAAGGCAGCGAGUUGCUUCAUUUGGACUUGCGUAACUUGCAGGAACGCUACCUUUUUUUUUUUAAUCAGUGGAUCCAAAUAGUGGGAAAUAAUAAUAACACGCUUUGUGUAUUCAACACAUCAGGAUCCGAAUGACCAAAUGUUGUGUAAGGUGAUUUAAAAGCUGCAUCCGCUUCAUGUGCACGAUUUGAGGGACUUGAAGACCUGAGGCUUCUGUGACCUCCACCCUGUCUGAUGGAGCUGUGCCUGGCCUGCUUGCCGCUCGUCACGUUGCUGACCCUCCUGACCUCUGAGGUCACGCCGUCCCUUGGCCAAAAGGUUUACACAAACACAUGGGCCGUCCAUAUAAGCGGAGGAGAGGAGGAAGCCAACCGCAUUGCCCAAAAGCAUGGUUUCAUUAACCACGGCAAUAUAUUUGGAGAAUACUACCAUUUUCGGCACCGCAGGGUGGUGAAAAGGUCUUUAUCUCAACACAGAGGAACACACAUUCGCCUGCACAGAGAGCCCCAGGUAAAAUGGACAGAGCAGCAAGUGGUGAAACCGAGGAAGAAGAGGGACAUUUACUCCGAGCCUGUUGACCCCAAGUUUGCACAGCAGUGGUACCUGUACAAUAGCAACGACCGUGACCUCAAUGUGAAGGAAGCCUGGAAGCAGGGUGUUACGGGACAGGGUGUGGUGGUGUCCAUAUUGGAUGACGGAAUCGAGAAGAACCAUCCAGACCUCGAGCGUAAUUAUGAUCCUGAUGCCAGCUAUGACGUGAACGAUGGAGAUCCAGACCCUCAGCCUCGAUACACCCAGCUCAACGAUAACAGACAUGGCACACGAUGUGCUGGAGAGGUAGCUGCUGUUGCCAACAAUGACAUCUGUGGUGUCGGUGUAGCCUACAAUGCCAAGAUUGGAGGUGUUCGGAUGUUGGAUGGAGAGGUGACCGAUGUGGUGGAAGCUCAAUCUCUCAGCCUCAACCCUCAGCAUAUAGACAUCUACAGCGCUAGCUGGGGGCCGGAGGAUGACGGAAAAACGGUGGAUGGCCCUGCCAAGCUGGCAAAGGAGGCUUUUUUACGAGGAGUAACUGAGGGUCGCCGUGGGCUGGGCUCCAUCUUUGUGUGGGCAUCCGGUAACGGGGGCCGGGAGAAAGACAGCUGCAACUGUGACGGCUACACCAACAGCAUCUACACUCUCUCAAUCAGCAGCAGCACGCAGUAUGGCAACGUGCCGUGGUACAGCGAGGCCUGCUCCUCCACCCUCGCCACCACCUACAGCAGCGGAGGACUCAACGAGAAACAGAUUAUCACUACAGACCUGAGACAGAAGUGUACAGACUCGCACACAGGCACCUCGGCUUCAGCUCCUCUGGCUGCAGGAAUCAUAGCCCUCGCCCUGGAAGCCAAUAAAAACUUGUCAUGGAGGGAUAUGCAGCAUCUGGUUGUGAGGACAUCUAACCCAGCUCACUUGAUCACUAACGAUUGGAAGACCAAUGGGGUUGGACGCCAAGUAAGCCACUCGUAUGGAUAUGGCCUGCUGGAUGCUGCUGCCAUCGUGGCCCAGGCCAAGAACUGGACCAGUGUGGGCCCUCAGCAGAAGUGUGUCAUCUCCAUGUUGUCUGAGUCCAGGAACAUUGGGAGCCACCUGGUGAUCAACAGGAGCGUAGACGCGUGUUCAGGCAAGCCCAACUUUGUGAGCUCUCUGGAACAUGUCCAAGCCCAGCUCACACUGUCCUACAACCGUCGUGGAAACCUGGCCAUCUACCUGAUCAGCCCACAGGGCACCCGGUCAACUCUGCUCACCCCCAGACCUCAUGACUACUCCUCUGAAGGCUUCAACGACUGGGCCUUUAUGACCACCCACUCAUGGGACGAAGACCCUCGCGGCGAGUGGACUCUGGAAAUUGAGAAUGUGGCUGGAACCAGUGACUACGGCACUCUAACACAGUUCACGCUGGUUCUCUACGGCACUGCCUCUGCAUCAGCUGGCUUGUCCACACCAGACUCCGUCCAACUCCCUGAAGACGGCUGUAAAACCUAUGACCUCAGUCAGAUUUGCACAGAGUGCAACCCCGGGUUCUACAUGUACCAGCAGGGUUGUGUACAUGAGUGCCCUGCAGGCUUCACGUCUGUCUCCCAGUCUGAGCUUUCCUCUUAUAACGAUGUGGCUGCUGUCCUGCAUCCAACCUGCAUGCCCUGCCAUGAGCUCUGCCUUACCUGCAGCGGCACAGGGCCAAGAGACUGUCUCUCAUGCCCACCCCACAGCCACCUGGACCUACUCACUGGUACCUGCCAGCACCAGAACCAGAUUCAGCGUGAAUCACCCGAUGCUGGGUUGUUCCAAUUGCGCGGCAGCGCCUCUUCUGGCAUCAUGAAUCUACAGCUCUCGUCCAGUCUGCCUGCCACUGUGGCAGUGCUCUGCUGUGCCUUUAUCGCAGCCACCUUUGUAGUGGUGUUUGGCCUGCUUCAGUUCCACUCCUAUAGCGUCACUAAAAUGUACAGUUCUGAAGCCGGCGUGGGCUCUGUAAUGCGCGCAAGCUUCGGCCUGAGCAUGGCGCGCAGCGACAUCAUUUCCUACAAGGGUAUACCAAGCAUGUGUAAUGAAGAUGGGGGCAACUCUGAGUCUGACAACGAUGAGUUCGACAUCCACAAUGAGAGAACUGCCUUCAUCAAAACAAAAAGUGCUCUUUAACCCUUUCCCCACACACUUUUGCUAUCUAUCUUCUCCUCAACUAUUUUCUUUCUUUAUCUUUUUGACGAUAUGGUCUUUCACGGGCUUGUCUCCCCUUUUCUUUUUUGGGGUUUGAUCCUGCAGUUUAUUUAUUAUUCCUAUUUUCCUCCAUAGUGGUGAACCAUAAUAUCAGGGCCACUCUGCACACACCUGGCCUCGGUGCCUCUAAAAGAACGCCUCCAUGGCUGAUUGGCUGGAGGAUGAGACAAAAAAACAAAAAGUUGAUUGUCCCAGGCUUGCCAGCAGGACUCUCCAAAAACACAAUAAACACAAUGAUUGUCA